AUGACUGUCGAAUUGAUACCAGGUGAAUUCUCCCAAUUCACCAUUGCUAUUGCCAUUAUCAGCGGCUUCAUCGUCAUUUUUGGAUACGUGUCCAUAUUUGUAAAAGAAAGAUUGUUUAUAUCCGAAGCAUUCGUGGCACUUGUCGUUGGUAUCAUUGCUGGGCCACUCGUAGCCAAUGGAAUUGAUCCCUAUUCUUGGGAUGACAUGAAUGAAAUCACCAAACAAAUAACUCGGUGCGUCAUUGCCAUCCAGGUCAUGGCUGUAGGGAUCGAGUUGCCAAAGCAUUACUUGAAGAAAGAAUGGGCAACAUUCAUGGUGCUAAUGUUCCCUGUGAUGAUAUUUAUGUGGUUGAUCAGCGGGCUUUUCAUAUGGGCUCUCAUCCCCCCUAUUGACUACCUGAAUUCUCUUGUGAUUGCAGCAUGCGUCACACCCACUGAUCCAGUCUUAGCCAAUUCAGUUGUCAAGGGACGAUUUGCAGAGAAGCAUGUUCCAUCUCAUAUUCGUAAUGCACUCGCUGCUGAAAGCGGAGGCAAUGAUGGGAUGGGGUUUCCAUUUCUAUUCCUUGCUAUUUUCCUCCUCGGCGAACCAGGUACAGGCAAAGCAAUCGGCAAGUGGAUAUACGAGACAUGCCUCUUCCAAAUCGCAUUGUCGGUCGUCAUUGGCGUCAUUGUUGGAUUCGUGGCACGCAAGAUUCUGCAAUGGUCUGAAAGAAAUCGUCUCAUUGACAAGCCAUCAUUUUUAUCCUUUGCAAUCGCCCUUGCUUUGUUCCUUAUGAGCAUGACCGGAUUUUCGGGAAGCGACGAUGUGCUGGCAUGCUUUGCAGCUGGCAAUGCCUUUUCGUGGGACGACUGGUUUAGACAAGAGACCGAGGAAGCUCAUUUCCAAGAAGUCAUUGAUAUGCUACUCAAUCUGUCAGUGUUUGUAUACAUUGGAACCAUUAUUCCGUGGCGGGAAUUUGGGAAUUCAGCACUUGGCUUGUCACCUUGGCGCCUGGUAGUGAUUGCUAUCCUUAUCCUUUUCUUCCGGAGAAUGCCUAUUGUUAUCGCCCUCAAACCUAUCAUGCCAGCUAUGAAGACAUAUCGAGAAGCCACAUUUAGCGGGUGGUUCGGUCCUAUGGGUGUAGGUGCCGUCUUUUUGUCAACCAUUGCCAAAGAAGAGAUGGAGAAGGUCUAUGAAGAUGAACCUGAAUUCCCGAUUAUUGUCGAUCUUAUUGGCCCUGUGGUGUUAUUUGUCGUGCUUGCAUCCACACUUGUACAUGGAUCAACCAUCCCACUUUUCCAACUCGGCAAACGUAUUCGCACACGCACAUUAUCCAUUGCCAGUAGCACAGGGAGUAAUCGACUUAAAUGGCGACGCAGUACCCACGACCUUGAUGAAACACAGCGCAAUACCCUUAUCAACAUGCUUGGAAAGAGACGUCGUAGAUCAAAAGUGGAAGAACAAGAAGAGGAGCAACAGCAACAGCCACCUGAACAUGCAGCAGUGGAUAUGGAGGAUGCUGAAGAAGAUUACUUGCCGCAUGAUGAAGAGGAUGAGGAAGUUGAACAACAAGAAGCAGCUGCACGUGUUGAAGGCGAGCCUAGUAAUCAGCAUCUCAAACCAUCAUUAGAGGGGCAUUCAACCAGCGAAUCGCAAAGUGGUUCCAAUAUCCGAUUCCUUGAACCAACACAUCCACGACAACAACAUCCUUAUUCUGAAUCAAGUGAAAGCUAUUCCUCAGAUAUUCAAGAUCAAUACCCUACUGGCAAGCAACCCGCAACAUCCGCUCAUGAUGAAGAAUCUUAUCCCCAUUCGGAGGAAGAGGCUGAGAAGGCGGGUGAUGAUCCAAACGUAUCGAAUGAACAAGCAGAGCGCGUUGUGGAAAGGUACCAUUGUGAUAUCCAUCCAAGAAUUGAAGUAUGGGAAGAACGACCCUAUGUCAUCAUUGAAGAUACCGGUGACACGACACCCAAUAUCGUUAUCAACAAGCGAGAAGGGAAUUGGAAGAAAAGGAUGCGUGAUGCGAUCAAGAAACUAGAAGCAGACAUUGAACAUGAGGAGCAUCGUAAACAACAAUAA